AUGGGUGGGAGCCAGUUGCGCGGCGUGAUUUUGGACGAGUACUGGAAUGAAGUUCUAGCACUGAUUGCGGAUUGCCACCCAAUGUCCACAACGGAGGAAGUGGAGGCGAAGCGUCUCGCCGACAAUUUCCUCCAAAUAAUGGCUUCUGAAUCUCCUCGCUCCGUGAAAAUCCGCGACUUUCUUUCAACCUCUGAAUCCGUCAACGUCUCCGGCCACAUGCGCGAAACGCUGGUGAAACACCUGUCCAGUCAUCUCGUCCAUCAUCGACUCUGGCACCAAGUUUUGACAAAAGAACGCGACGGAAUUCAGUUCCACGAGCGCAAGGUCCUCUACGAACCAAUCGAACCCGAGCCACUAUGCAAAGCAGUUACCGAGGCGCAACUAAAGACAAAUCAGAAAGUCAAUAAAAUCGUGGAAAAGAAAUUGGAACAGGCGAAAAACCUGCGCAAAAAACUCGCUGAAGACGUCGUUAAAGUAUCGAUCGAGAUCUCGUCAGAGCUGCACGAAGUCCUCUCCCAAAAAGACUCGCAAAUUCCGAAAGCAGAAAUUGCCUCUAUCGCUGCGAAAAUAACAAAAGACAAACUCGACGACAUCCGAGAAGAGCUCGAAAAUCAAAUAGAACUGAUGCGCGCUGAUCUUCCUCCUCCCCGAAUUUCAAAAGGCAGCGCGCCCAAGCCUCGAAAAACCGCCCGAAAGAGCAAGGGCAAAUAA